AUGGCAGGAGCUUCUCCCGGGACAGGUUCAAUGCGAAAGCUAAUGAAGUGCUCAAGUGAUGAUGAUCGAAUCAGCAAUUUGCCAGAUUCCCUGAUUUUUCAUAUCCUUUCCUUUCUUCCAACAAAGGAAGUUGUCGCAACUAGCCUUUUAUCAAAGAGAUGGAAGCUUUAUUGGACUCAGGUCAGCACCCUAGAUUUUGAUCUUCACGAUGAAGACAAGAAGAAUGGAGAAGAUAACAAAACCAUGGAUUCGUGCAAUUUGUUACCAAUGUUUUAUUUCACAAUGCUGAGCACUUGCAUAAGUUCCGGCUCAGAUGGUAAAGUUAGACUUUCUCUCGAUUUGAUUGAUUUUCCAUUUGAUAGUAAUCGAUGCAAUUCGAUGGCAAAGCUGAUUCAAGCUAUCAACCAAGUAAGCUCUCUGACUUUGAAGGGGGAAAUUGUCAAGUCCCUUAGCACCGCCACGACCCGAUGGUCAUCAGUAACAUUUGAGAGAUUAACCAAAUUGGAUAUUCAGUGUAGUUGUGGACAAUGGAGCUCUCUGAGCGUUAUGCUCCAAUGCGGGAUCAGAUUACAAGCCCUAUGUAUUAGUAAGAGUCAAUGUAGUGAUCAAUGCAAUCACAGCGAAUGUUGGAAGGACCCCAAGGACAUUCCUGUAUGCUUGUCAAAUAGUCUUAGGAAAGUUUCGUUUUGUGGAUUCCAAAGCAUCAAAGAUGAGAUCGCGCUGAUUAGGAGGUCGUUCAAACAAGCGUUUUAUCCAAAGUCUGGAAGCUUUUCUGGACUAACCCUUGAUUUUGUUAAAAUCAUGGAACCAAAAGGUGCCAAAGGCAUCAUCAAUUUUGUGCGGUUCGUUAACAAUGUGUUACUAAACAAUGAUGCUGAACACUUGCACAAGUUUCGGCUCACGUGGUACCAAAGUGGAUACGAAGCUGUCGACGUAAAUAUGUGGGUCAAACAUGCCCUCUUACGUAAUGUUCGAGUUCUUGUUCUGAGAGUUGAUACUUCGGCUAUUCUCCUCCCUGGCAACCUUUUCAAUAGUGGGACGCUAGAAAUUCUCAGAUUAUUGGGUCCUGUUUUAAUUAAAGUCCCUAGGGUGGUUUGUCUUCCCAAACUGGUGGAGUUGUGUUUUGAGGAAGUAAGAUAUGAAUCGGCUGAGUCUUUCCAGGCAUUUAUUUCUGGGUGUCCAGUGCUCCAUUCGCUCCGGGUUACAUCUGGAAAUAUAGAUGCUCCUGCCCUUGAAGCCCUCCAUCUUCAAGUUGACUCAGGGGAGUUUAUGAUCUCCAAGGUCUUGGUGAAAAGCUUAGCGCCUGUGGAUAAGGUGAAGCUUGCUGUUAUUUUCAGUAGCGGUUGUGAUACAGAAGGAUGCAAUACAAUGUUGAAGUUGAUUCAGGAUCUGAAUGGGAUGAAAUUUCUGACCUUAGACUGGAUAGUCCUCAGGGCUCUUAGGAGUGCCACUAUUCCCUUGUCACAAAAGUUUGAUAGACUAACCAAAUUGGAGGUCCCCCGCUUCUGCCAUGAGUGGAGACUUCUGAAUGUAAUGCUUCAGUACUCACCAAAAUUGCAAAUCCUCAACAUUGGCAAAUAUUCUUGUUUUGAGAAGUGUACUUCGGGGGAAUGUUGGAGGGACCCCAAGGACGUUCCUGAAUGCUUGUCAAACAGUCUCAAAGAAGUUUCCUUUACCAGGUUCGACGGCUUCGAAGAUGAGGUGGCAAUGCUUAGUUAUAUUUUCAAGCACGGUGUAGUCAUGAGAAGAAUGAGAAUAAGGUCCAGAGCUGGAGACUCCGAACAAAAGUUUCAAAUGCUUCAGAAGAUGUCUACUGUCCCCAGAUGCUCUCCUGCCUGUGAACUGCAGUUUGAUUAA